UGAAUACUUUCUGAAGGCACUGUACAUGGAACCAAAAAGGCUUCUCUUCUCCUAAGGGGACAGCCAAAGAAUCUUUUUGGGAACCUUUUUUUCUAAGAGUGGAGCCUACAUAGAAAAGAACAACGGCCUAGCCUAUUACAGCACAUGUUGAACAAGACAUACAUCACACAAUCUAGUACACCCAAAUACAAAAAGCACACACACACACACACACACACACACACACACACACACACACACACACACACACACACACACACACACACACACACACACACACACACACACACACACACACACACACACACACAAUACAACAGACUGGGUUGUGUCUGAACAUGUACAUUUUUAAUGACACAAUCUAUCAGUCGCUCCAGGCGAAAAACACUAUCAGUCAUUGUGUUUUCAUUUUUAGAGGACUGGGCAGCCUGCUCUCUUAGGCAACUAAUCUAUUGAUCGGGAGAGUAGGGAGUGUAGUUCUGUCCUCUGGAUGUUGGUAGUUUAAGCAUCUCAUCAUAAACUGAAAAGAUUCAAUGUAACCAUGUCUUGUCUGGUGGGGGUUUAAACAGGAUAUAUUUUUGACUUUUUAAAGCUUUUGUUUAGGCUUUGUUUAGUUAGCAAAUGUGGUAAAUAAGCUGUUUCAGUUUCCACCUUAUUUGCAUAUAGAUAAUGACUAGUCCCUGUUAGGCAUGGGUGUGAGUCAUACAAACAAAUAAUUGUUACCGCAAAUUUGCAUUGAAUGGUCAUUGAUGAUGCGUGAGUUUUAAAUUGAUAGGUCUGACAUCAAGGGUGUCAAAGUAAUUUGGGGGGCCAUUUUGUAAAUAUAUUGGUCUGUAGGGCCAAACAUUGGCAAACAAAAAGUUGAUUUACAUGCCUCUAUUUACAGUAGCCUAUUGUCACGGUAUAGUGUCGGCCUCAACAGAAUUACAUGUGAAUUCACUUCUAUUAGGCAGCUGGAGUUGGGAGUACAAGUCUGGGCCCACAUUCAACCAGAUGGCAGGCUACAAAAUGGCCCCUAGGCUGCAUAUGUUUCAUGUUUGACAAGCCCUACCUUACUCUCAGACUGACUGUAGUGAAACUGGGGGACAAGGCCUACAUAUAAUCCAUAAUCAUCAAUGAUAAUAGGCCUGUAAGUGCGCCGCUAGAGGCCAAGGGUAACCCCAAAUUUAUAUCAAUAAUCCAGAGCAAUAGGCUAAAUGAACUGCACUAAUGUUCUUGUUCCAGCUGUGUCGGUUCGAUCCGGUUCUGCAUUCACAAGGACAAUUGUCUGUCUCGCGCUUUCAAUUGGUUCGAUGAAACACCACUACAUCAGGAUUCGAUGCAGUUUGAUUGAUGUUGGGUCAGGGAUGUGGCAUAUUUCUUCCACAGUCACGCAGCUAUUCUAGAGUUGGAGGGUGAGGGAGACAGAUGGACAGCACCAAGAUGAGAGGCUGUUAAGUUAUUCUGGACAGUUUAACAGCUGGAUACUUCAUUGAGAUAAUUACUUUCCCCUUUCAGCAGAAACAGCGUUGGGUUAGAUAUUUGGAAACAUUUCAGAUUUUCUUUUCAAUUAGACCCAUUUUGGAAAUGUAGGCAUUUGUGGUGCACAUAUCUUGAAGGAUUUCGUAUUAAUUGCUCAUUCAUACAGAACAUAAGUAAUACCGGUAACCAGCUGACAGAGUGAUGGUUGUUCAUCUUCUGGAGCUAUGAUCUCUGAGGCUGACAGACAGGGAGCAGUUAGACCCAAGAGGUUACCAUCAGACGGGCACAGGGACAGGGACCGCAGCCCCAGACAGGGGAGACAUCAGGAGGGCAUUGACGACCUCCCUGCAGGGAAGAGACAAAUGAUGGAGAAGUUUUUCACUCCUGUUCAUAGUCCUUCUCCAGGUGGGCUGAAACCAGGGAAGCACUGCCAUCACAACCCCGAUCAUUACCACCAGCACCGGGAUCAAGAAAGGGAGACACACAGCUACAGCAGGUUACGGGACAAUGAUAGACGCAGCAGUGAAAGCCACGGUCACCACCAUACCCAUGGUAACCAUCUCCAAGAUGACCAGGAGCAACCUCUUAGACGCCACCAUCACCAUCCUCAGCACCUUCAUCACGAUGACGAGAUGUCGGAUCACCACACCACCGUCACCCUCUCCAGAGCAUCUUCCUCCUCCCUCUCAUCUUCCCCCUCCGACUCUUCCACCGAAUGGUCCUCUGACGCCGGCAUUGACGACAAGUUCUCCAUGAAGCAGGUCAGCCGGCCGCAGCAUACCAUGUCCUGCUCCAACAUUGCGGGAGGACGACAGUUCCGUGAGGAUGACAGCGAGCUGCAGGUGUAUGCCACUGUCAAACAGGGGCGAAUUCACAGAGGAGGCAGUCCUGGGACCCAUCCUCGGGCCCAGGGGAGGGGAGGACGAGAGCCUAGCUACUCCGAGCUAAACCGAGGCCACAGCCGCAGUGAAGAGGGGCUGCUGCAGAACACAGGAACUGACAAAGGGAAAGUACGGACACCCCCACACCUGAAGCACGGAUCCCUCUACAAGACAGCCAGCCUGGGCCGGAGCCUGGCCUUCAGUGAAGAGGUCUUAGCUGGGCCGAAGAGGGCAGUGUCUUUUAUCCAGCUCCCCAGUAAAGGCAUCCUGAAAAACAAGGAGGCGCCGCCGGACAUCCGCAAGGCCAAGUCCAUGGAGGUGCUGUCCCCCCGGGUGGCAGGCAAGACAGCAGGGCCCAAGGGGAAGCAGGAUGUGGAUGCUCUGAAGGAUGCAGCCAGGCAGAGCAUGGUGAAGGGGAAGAUACAGUUCUCUGCCUUCCUGGAUGAGAUCACUAAACAGGUCAUCAGCCCCGCCCGUCUCAAUACUCUGGGGGUCCCUGUUGAGACUGUAGGACCGGGUCCAGCCAAAGCCCCAACUUCCUCCAAAUCUCAACCGAAAAGUCAGCCCCAGCUUCCCUCGAAAAAGCUGGGAGAUGGGCAGGGGGAAGAGAGGGAGCCGGCUACUAAACCGCAGGCUCUGCCUAGGAAACUGAGGAAUGCCUCUGACGCACGGUCACAGAAAAUAUCUCUCCCUGCAAAGUUUGGGUAUGAAAGCAAGAACCACACUCCUCGUCUAGGCAGCCCCCCAACCCUCCACUCCAGCCAACCCUACCCGCCCCACCCACCAGCUGGCUAUGAAGACGAACCAGCUUCCCUGCCUGACUUCCAGGGUCCUGUCGGUAAUAGGCAUGGCCGGUAUGGCCCGCUUCUUACAGAUGGCACUGUCAGCUCCAGCCCUGAGCCCAGCCAUCACAAACACCGGAGCUACAAACACCUUGAUCAGAGCCACAGGCCCAGCCAUAGCCCACCUUCAUCUCCAUACACCCAGCAGCCCCAGCUACCCCAUCACGCCCUGAUCCACACACAUUCCCCUCCACCAGUACAAGGGCCAGAGUCGGAGUCUCCCUCCAGCAAGUCGGACUCGUCCCGGAACAGAGAACAAGACACGGCCAGCCCCAACUCCGAGCAGAACGACCGCCACAGCCAGUCACCCUACCGCUGGUGUCCUACUUCAUAUAGGGCCUUGACGGAUGACAUAGGCGAACUACAGACACUGCAGGAGGAGAAUGCUGAGCUGCACCAGAACCUGAUGCAAACAGUGGUCUGCAUCGAGAGCCUGGAGGUGGAGCUAGCCAGGGCCAGGGAGGAGCUUAGCCACAUGAAGGAGAAGUUCAAGAGGCUCCAGGACACACACACAGGUACCCAGCACACCAACAGCCUUCUGGGGGAGAAACUGCACUCAGCGACUGAGAGCCUGAGCUCUGAGAGGAAGUAUAUGGUGCAGCGUAUCGCCCAUCUCAGCACAGAGCUGGAGCAGGCCAAUGCCACCAUUGCCUCUCUGGAGAACAUCAAUGUUCCCUGUCUGAUCAAGGAGCUCCUAGAGAAGCACUUUGACUCUGGAGACGCUGUCAAGCAGUUCCUGAAGAACGCCUUGAAAACCGGCCAAUCUACGGGAGACAUCGAAUCACCGGCUCCAAAACUGGAGCAGAAGCCGUCUGAUUGGUCAAGCAUAGGACUGAGGGAGUUUGAGGCGGGUCCACAAAAGGUCACUGCUUUUAUGCCCUGGAAGCAGGAAGAGGGGUUUGGGGUGAUAGGUCAGACAGGAAAUGAGGAAUCUGGCUCGAUGAGUCCCCCUUUCUCAAUCGCUGACAUCAGUAUGGCUAUAUAUAAGAAGCUAGCUGCAGGCCAAGCAGCAAGACAGCCCCGGCCUUCCAACUACCAACCUCACACUGCCACCCCUCCCAACCCCUACCCUCUGGUGGAGUUGGGUACAGGGGGGGAGGGUUACCGUGCGCCUGCUGUCAAGGGGUGUGUGGCAGAGGCGGGCAGAGCAGCUGAGAGUACGCAGGGUGCUGUUGUUGAUGUGUCCUAUCUGACGGCCCAGAGGGUUUUAGAUGACUUCCUGCACCAGCUGACUCACCCAGAGGAUGGGAGUGGAGGUGGGGGGAGGGGGCACAAGGCCAACGGGGAGGAGGAGGAGGAACUGACGAGAGGGGGGAGGAGUGAAAGGAACCUGUGAAUUUCUGUAAUUGUAAUCUAAUCUUGCAUAGGCUAGGAUUGUUCAAAUUGUGACGGUUUCUUUGUGAUGGUUUCAGGCCUGUAGUUCUGCAUUUAUUUGACUCACUAAAUGUCACUAUACAUUUGAGUGAUAGCAUUGUAAGUAUUACAUUCUUCCUUCCCAAAUGUCUUGUUGUGCAGUGGUAAAGAAAGUAUUAGACUAAACAACUCAUUUGCAUACUCACAGAAUAUAAUAAUUGAUUAAAGUUUACAAUGUGGUACAGUUCCUUCUUUCCCUUAUGAAGUGAUGCAGAAUUGAAAUAGUUUUUGGUUCGUGUCUAGACAAUGACUGCUAUUUUGUAAAGCUCCAGUAAGCCUAUGAAGCAACCUUCAUAUCUGAAAAACAUCAAUCCAGCUGCUACCCACUGGGUUUUGGGCUAUCAUGUCACAUGACCUAGAUUUGAACCUUUAUUUUAAGCCUUAUCCAGAGAUAUUAAUUACACCAACAAUGAAAGUAAUUGUCUGAGGAUGCUGCUGGACCAUCUGACAUAAAAAGAAAAGUGGACAGUUUGAUGAAAAUGCUUUAAAUAAAGGUUCAAAUCCAGGUCAUGUGACAUGAUUGUCCAAAACACAGGGCCCUACUUAUGAAUGCUAUGCUGUACAUCCUAAUAAACUCUCUUAGCUAAAACUGAAUAAAGUUGCUGUCAUCCUCCCCAAAUACAUUUCAUGUUGUAGAUCAAUAAAAGGACUGAUUC